AUGAGCUGGAAGAACUUUGGGCUGCCCCUGCUGCUGCUCACCUUGUGGGCCCUCCAAGACCAAGGAGCGCAAGCCUGCAGUUGUUUCCCGAUUCAUCCACAGCAGUUGUAUUGCCAGUCCGAUGUUGUCGUCAUCAAGGCAAAAGUUCUCGGAGUGAUUCGUGGUGAUCAGGGCGGAGUCCAACCCAAGAAGUAUGCCAUCAAACACAUGAAGACCUUCAAGGGAGCUGAAAGGCUUUUUGUUGUAGUUUUAACUGGACCCAACUCAGCUGCUUGUGGAGUCUCUCUCACCAAGGGUGUUGAAUAUGUGCUUAUGGCCAGACUGCACUCUGAGAGCUCUCUGCACAUCUCCCUGUGUGACUUCUAUCAUCCGUGGGAUUCUUUGAGCCCCGCCCAGAAGAACCUGCUGUACCGCUACGGAGAAGGCUGCGAUUGUGAGAUCAAGCCAUGCUACUCCUACCCGUGCUGCAAUACCAAGCCGACAGAAUGCCUAUGGACGGAUUUCCUCCCGGGAAAGAUGAGCAGUCACGAGCAGGCCCGAAACUAUGCUUGUCUCAAGACGAGUGAUGGUUGUUGUGACUGGUGCAAAGGAACUACUGCCAUGCGCCAAUGGAGAUGA